AUGCAGUCCGAGGUGCCUGAUCCUGCCGACCCUACGCAGGAACAACAACACCCUUCGCAGUCGACCCUACAUCAAGGCCCAUCGUCGCGCCCUUCAAGAAGUCCAGGUGCAGAGUCGAGCAAUGCGCCAGGCAGUUCGACAGGUCAACGAGCGUUGAAACAGCCCUCGAGGCUCCGCGGAUCCUCCCGUGAUACGAACGAGAUGCAACGUUCAACCACGCCCCCAGAGGCGUCCAGCGCCGAUGCUAUCAAGUAUACUCGAACGGGUAGAGUCAGUAAGGCCACCAAAGGACAUCGCGUCCAUCAUUGCGAAGAAUGCGGGAAGACCUAUACCCGCGCUGAACAUCUAAGGCGGCACCAGCAGAACCACAAGCCCGGCGCAUUCCCAUGCGACUACCCUGGCUGUGGACGGUCGUUCUAUCGCGAAGACCUCUUGGUUAGGCACAAGGCGCGACAUAAUGACCCCCUCAACCCACCGAGUCGGCGACAUUCUGUUGGCAGUCAAAGCUCAGCACCAGAUCCACGAAGUAUUGCAGCGGGCUCAGCACAAGCGCCAGGUGUUGCAAUCCCUCCCACAUCGACGACAGAUCCAAGUCUCAUCGCCCCUGAACUACAGCCAACAACAUCCGACAGCGACGCGCAACAGUCAAAUGUUGCCUCCAGGUACCCAUUUUCUGAAGUAUUUCCUGAGUCAACACCUUUCAUUCAAGUCUUCGACGAUCUUUCUUUGACACCCAAAAGAGUACCCAUCCCACCGAACGAGUUGCCUGCAAGUGUCCCCGUAACUGUCGACGGCUCAGGCUUCGGUCCGUUCACCAAUCCUUGGGACUUAUCAUCACCUGUGUCGCCGCCAGCAUACCAUACCGAGUACGACUACGAAUCUGCUGACGAGACCGCGGGCCUGCCCUAUUACCAGCCACACUUCUCGCGAAUUAGGCAUUCUUCGGAUACUUCGUUUCUUGGCUACGGACAGCCUCACAGCACAUCGAGAUCACCCGUGUCGGCCGGCUCCUCAACUAUAUACGUCUCCCAAUGGCCUUACCAGUCGGGAUGUAAUGCGUCCGUAGGAAGCAUCUCAUAUCUGAACGGGGUCGGGUACAUGAACCAUCAAAGCAUAUCAGCAUAUCCCUACAACGAUACAAGAGCAUUGACUGCCGAGACUCAAGAUUUCAUGGAGCUACAUGACUUGGCACUCCCUGGUCCUGGCCAACAGGGAGCCUCAUUCGACGAAGUGACGAGUCUGCCCGAUGAGCCACGAUACAUCAAUGCCUACUGGGAGUCGGUACAUGAGCUUUAUCCGCUGCUACACAAGCCCACAUUCGAGGAUGAUUCUGCAUCUCCUCUAUUACGCGCUGCGAUGAUCGCAUUGGGUGGACAGGUGUCUGGAGACAGGACAGAUCUUUCCAAUGCACGGAGUUUGCAUGAGAAAUGUGUCAAAGUGCUGAAGAAGCGCACGACACAGCAAACACAUACGUACCGUGUCUGCGAUAUGCAGGCCAUUGUUCUGAUUGAAGUAUACUCCAUCUUCAAAUCGAGGCGUCCCCCUUUACAACUAUCAAAGAAUUUCGAGAAUGUCUAUCGCUUGCUUGCGAACGAUAUUAGUGCGAUGAUGCCCACCCCUGUGGACACACCAAUCGAAGGCGGCAGUUUCGGCGACGACUUGGGCGCCGAUGCAGCGAGCAAGCAGCGGCUACUCUUGACCUGCUUUACUUUGGAACAGCAGCAUUCAAUGCUUUUCGGUCGACUACCAACGGACUGUUUCGCCGGGACUUCGCAGGAUCUCCCGUUUCCUAGCUCGCAGUUGCAAUGGGAUGCUGUUCCUGGACAUGAGGCCGGCGCUCCUAUUGAAGAUACUGCUUACGAACGGAUUUCAGAUGCCUUGAAGGCUGCUUCGUAUAUGACAGAGCCUGCAAUCGCGCCCCACGACGCCUUCCAGUCGACGCUACUCAUGGCCUGUAUGUGCCAGAGUCUCAACGGCAUACUGGAAUGGACGGAUGGCAUGACCGAUCCGCCAAUGCUGCUUGCCGCCGAGCAGUCUCCACGAUGCCGCUUGAUCUUCCAUACACUCAUGCUGUGUAAGAACGCCCAAAUCCGUGACCUACUGGCUGUAGCGGGGGAAAGCUGGGUGAUGGCCGAGAAGUUGAGCACUCAAGCCGAGCAUACCGCCGCGCAAAUCGAAAUUCGUGACUGGGCAUCCAAAUCGUUUGCAGAGGAUAUCCCAGCCUUUGGUUUCGAGGUGCCCGUUCAAAGGGCAUUGUCACAUGCUUUCAGUAUCCUUGCCAUUCACCAGCAGCACCCACGGACUGGCGUUCUUUUCCAGGAAUGGGCGGUCUAUCUCGCGGCCGUUGUGAUCUGGGCUCGCGUGUAUGUCUCGCGAGUGGACGGAAGACAUCCACGCCUGUCGAUACCAAACGCGACAGAGCCUCGGCCAUCACCAAGUGAGCUCAAUCAGUCGGCUGCAGCGCUGAUCCAACGGGCAGCGACUCCACUGAUGGGCUGGAAUGAAUCCAGGACCAUCCUCCUAUGGGCGAAGAUGAAGAUCGAGAAAUACGACGUACCGCAUACAUGCGGCUUGACUAGCGGAGCGUUAGACGUGUUGGGAAAACUUGUGACGAGAGGAAACGAAGACGGCUGGUUUUGA